AUGAAGGUCUCUAAAUUAGUCUUGUUUGCGCACAUAUUUUUUAUUAUAAAUAUCUUAUGUCAAUAUAUUUGUUUAAAUGCUUCUAAAGUAAAUAAAAAGGGUAAAAUAGCAGAAGAAAAGAAAAGAAAAAAUAUUAAAAACAUUGAUAAAGCAAUAGAAGAACACAACAAAAGGAAGAAACUAAUUUAUUAUUCAUUGAUAGCAUCUGGGGCAAUAGCAUCGGUUGCGGCAAUAUUGGGAUUAGGAUAUUAUGGAUAUAAAAAAUCGCGAGAAGAUGAUUUAUAUUAUAAUAAAUAUUUGGAAUAUAGAAAUGGAGAAUACAAUAUAAAAUAUCAAGAUGGUGCUAUAGCAAGUACUAGUGAAUUUUAUAUAGAACCUGAAGGAAUAAAUAAAAUAAAUUUAAAUAAACCCAUAAUUGAAAAUAAAAAUAAUGUAGAUGUGUCAAUUAAAAGAUAUAAUAAUUUUGUAGAUAUAGCACGACUUAGUAUACAAAAACAUUUUGAACAUUUAUCAAAUGAUCAAAAAGAUUCUCAUGUAAAUAACAUGGAAUAUAUGCAAAAAUUUGUUCAAGGAUUACAAGAAAAUAGAAAUAUAUCUCUAUCCAAAUAUCAAGAAAAUAAAGCUGUUAUGGAUUUAAAAUAUCAUUUACAAAAAGUUUAUGCUAAUUAUUUAUCUCAAGAAGAGAACUAA